GCCUGCCUUGGCCUCCCAAAGUGCUGGGAUUUCAGGCGUGAGCCACCAUGCCCGGCCUGACGUUCCAACUUCUUUCGGCCUCUGAGGGGCCCCUGAAGGCUGGCAAGGGCCAGGCUGUGGGAACGUGCUGUGCUGGGGUUGAGGGGCAGAGAGAGGGGUUCACUUCUUCAAAUUCCACUCACAAUACUUGAGCCCACAGCUGGGGAGGAAAGGCAUGGCGUGGGGCUGGGCCAGAUGGACACUGCACACACUGACCCCGCGGCCCCUCAUGUGUAAAAUGGUCGUCAUAGUCAUGACUGCCUUGUGUAUAAAGCAGGUGCUCAGGCAGUGCCUCCCUCAUCACCCAUGGAGCUCCUCAUGGUUUUCUCUUUGCUUUCUAGAAUCCAGAAUCUGUCUCAGGUCUUGAGGGGCAUGAGAGGCAUCUGGUCUGACCAUAUCCAGUGCUUCAGUCCUGCUCCUGCUCGCACAGGUGCUCACUCCCUCUGCCAGCACCUCUGCACACACAACCUUUGAGGACAUACUGCUGAUGGAUGGUCUGAGCCGGGCAGCAAAGCUCCAUGCAUCCUGAUCCUUGGUUCCUGGGGCAGAGCCGGGAGCCUUGGGCUGAGCUGGCUUCUGCUGUAAGGGUCUGCUCUGCCGGGUAUAGAGCUCAUCACUGAUGAGGAAUCUACCAGAGUUAAAAUCUCAGCUUGAUAAGGGGAGCCUGUCAGAGGGAACGCAAAGCCAGCUCCAUUUGCCCUUUCCUCCUCUUCAGGAGGUGGCAUACCAGGGUCACACAGGACAGAAGCGCGCCUCAGGGCCUCCUCUGUGCAAGGCGCUGGUAGAGAUGGGCUCUGGCCUCACAGGCCAGCACGGCAGUGCCCAGGCCCGAGGGUGCUCUGGGUUCCUGUCACCUGAAGUGGCCACUUCUGGCCCUUGUGUGGACUCUGUCUCAGGACACAACAGGCAAAGCUCUGAUGGGGUGCCCAGCAUUCUCCUCCGGCCCAGCUCUCAAGAACCUUCUAAUUGCUCUUUGCCCUCAGAUGAGGCUGUGUGGCUGGCAUUUCCUGCCUGGGGCUGGUGGGGAGCGGGUGGGUCCACCUGCCCACCCCCAGAUCACCCCCGACAUUUAGUCAAAUAUUUUAAACAGUUCCCCUCCCCUCUAAGCAGGAAAAUCGCUGCACUGCAGGUGAAUACUAUUUACAGACAGGCUUAUAGCCUCAUACAUGCUGUUUGUUGUCUCAUGCCCCAAACACACAGAAAACAGAAUUAUUUAUUGCAUACAGCAUGGGACUGUGAUCAACCUGGACAUCAAAUGCCUCGAUGGCUGACAGGGCCCAGGCAGCGGGAGUACUGGGAAGCCCGGUACACAUGCUCCCUCUCUGUGGGACUCCGGGAUCCAGGGGGCGGAUGGUUCUGUGAGUUGUGAGUUGUUCCUGCUUGUCUUCCAGCCCCCGGUCCUCCCCGGCCACUCUGAUUAGCCAGCCUAGAGCAGGGCCUGGUAUAAAGUCACACAGGCAAACCCCAGAAGAAGGAAAAAGGGCACCUACAUGAACAAAGAGCUGGGUGGCAGAGGCUGCAUUGGGGUAAGACUUCCUUCAUGCAGUUGGGAGUCUGGCCAUGUGGGGACAUCAGGAGAUGCCACCCCCCAGAAUUGGUGGCUAGGCUGUCCUGGGUGUGGCCGAGAGAGGCCCUGAUCCCAGUGCUUCUUUCAUUCUGGUCCUUUCUGAAAUAGUUUGGAUUUUUAAAAAACCAUGAGCAUUUAUUACUUUUGUAAUAAAAGGAAAGAGAUGCCUUUUUAAAAGAAAAGAUGAGGGUGGAAACAAGGAAGUUGGCUUGCUGCUUGAGAGAGUAAAGUCCCAGAGGCCACCUCCUUGACAGGAGGCGCUCUGGGGCAUUCAGAAUGGGAAUGGCAGGUGGGCCUGGGUCUUCACAACCCAGCAUCCGUAGGACAGACGGCCAUUCACAGAUGGUACUAGGAAUCACUGUGGCUGAGGACACAGGCUAGAUCGGUGCCUGCCAGUGUCAUGUUCCUGAUUUAAGGGGCCAGCCUGGACACUGACCAGGGGAGAGCUGGGAUGUGAUCCUUGACCCUCAGGCCCUCUGCUCAUCUCAAAUGGACCCUCUUGGGACUAGGGCCCCAGGAGGCAAUGGCUGUGUGGGGUCCACCUUCACUAUAGCCCUGGCUAUCAGUCAUCCCAAGUUAGAGCCCGGCUGCCCAUGCAGUGCUGCUGUUGGAGGCACAGGAAGGCGGUGCUCAGUCUGAAGGUGGUUCAGGUCUAUACCUUAACUGAGCCCCCCCAUGUACCCUCAACUGGCUGCUUUCUGCAGUGAACACCCUGCACCACUGCAGCCCUAUAUCCAGGGCUGGGGCUCAGUUCCUUCUCCCCUUCUCCCAGACUCUGGCAGACAUACCUCAGAUGGGGGCAGGAACCAAGAAUGGCGGGGCUCCAGCCUCAGCUGGCCUGUCAGAUAACUGCUGCAUAAGUGACACCAGGAAUCAGAGCCAGGCCAGGGCCACUGAUGAGCCCUUGGAUGCUCACUGUGUGAUGCGUGCAUUUGAAAUAUCUGACAGUAAGAGUGAGGCUUGGGAGAGAUGCAGGGACUCUGAGGAUGGGGGCCAAGCUGGGCUGAGAAACAGGUUAGGGGUGUCCCGCAGCAGCCCCUACAGCAAGUGCCAGUGUAGGAGGGAGGUGGGUAGGCAUGGGGUGGGUGGUAUGGCACCCACAGCACUGCCCACAGACCACCACCACCUGACAGCUGGGCCGGUGGUGCCAGCUAAUGGCUUCCUAGGUUUCUCCUAAGUCAGACGUGGCCAAAGCAAAACACUGAGCACACAGCUUCCCUUGAGGAGCAGUGACUUCCUCAAGAGCUCAGGGCUGAGGAGCUGGCUCCAGAUAGCUUGUUGCCAAUGUUCAGCAACAUCACCCCACUCCUGGUUACUGAUCAACCUGGUGUGCUCUUGACAGUACCCCCACCAGGCCCCAUGGGUCAAUACUACUGUUAUUGUUGCUAUUGCUAUUACCAGGCCCUGCCCUCCUAAAGCAUUUGCAUGUUUUCAUCCUUAAUCACAGAACCAGAAUCACUAUCUUCCAGAAGAGAAAACUGAGGCCCAGGAGAAGGCAAGAGGCUGUGCUGUGCUCCCAGGGCCUUCCUGGGCUCGCUGUGGCUUUGAGCUCCAGCUCUCUCAGCUAGACAAUGAGAACGUCGGCCCACGCGUCGCACAGUAAAAGCCCAAAAUGCUAUGAUGGAGGGGGUGGGCCGCUGGCUGCAGAGCCCUCCAUGCCACAGAGCAUCUCUGGCUGGGAGAAAGGAGCAGGCUGAGGCCUGCAGCAGAGCGCGGGGUUGGGGACCGCUCCUGCUGGGCCCCAGCCUGGCGCCCUGAGGCCCCUGCUCCAUCCCUGCCACUCCCCACCCGCCUGCUCCUAGCCUCUGUUCCAGCUCUGCCCGCCGCGCCCGCCAGCCUCCCCGAGCCGCCGGCCGGGCCCUCUGCUGCCCUCUGGCGGCCAGAGCGCGCGGUGCCGAGCUCCGCGCCAGAGGCACCGAAACCCCGCGUCCGCCCGGCGGUCGCCUCCCGGGAACAAGAGCCCGGCUGGGGACCGGAGCGGAAGGGGGCUGGGGCUGGGGCUGUGCUCUGAGGACUGCAAUAUGCGGUCUGCGCCAGCAGCAAACGCUGCUGCGCUUACUGGGUUACUUACUAGAUUCCUAUUCUCUGGGGAAACUGAGAACCAAAGAAAGUAAGUGUACGCGCGCGGGAGGUGCAGGAAGGGGGGUCCUUGCCCGAAGUCGCAGAGGGACAGGGGCACCGCCGGGACCAGAACCCCGACGCCCCUGCGGCCGCCGAGCCCGCGGCAGUGGAAAAGCGGAGUCGGAGCGCCUCCAAUCUCAGCCCGACCCUGGACUGCUCCCCCCAGCCCCCGCGCCCAGAGAGCAGCAGCCAGGCAGCGGGCGGCGAGGUCGCCGGGGCUGGGAGCCGGUGCGGGGGAGGCGGGCCCCGCGGGGCGUGACGCACCGAGCUGGGAGGGCCGGGGCGGGGUAGCCAAGCAGGCUGCAUAUAAGGGCGGCGGCCGGGCGCCAAAGCCAGAGCAAGCGGCCUGUGCUCAGAUCCUGGGAGAGCCCGAUCCGAGCCCAGCCUAGCCCAAGCCCAGCCCGAGCCGCGCCCAGCCCGAGGACAGCCCUCCGGCCGCUCACCCCGCGCGCCACCCCAGCGCCCCUCGGCCGCUCUCCACCCUUCUCUCGGCCCCGCGCCCGCCCUCGCGGCCCCUCUGCCCAAUGAAACUGGCCGCGAUGAUCAAGAAGAUGUGCCCGAGCGACUCGGAGCUGAGUAUCCCGGCCAAGAACUGCUAUCGCAUGGUCAUCCUCGGCUCGUCCAAGGUGGGCAAGACGGCCAUCGUGUCGCGCUUCCUCACCGGCCGCUUCGAGGACGCCUACACGCCCACCAUCGAGGACUUCCACCGCAAGUUCUAUUCCAUCCGCGGCGAGGUCUACCAGCUCGACAUCCUCGACACGUCCGGCAACCACCCGUUCCCCGCCAUGCGGCGCCUCUCCAUCCUCACAGAUCCUCGACACCAAGUCUUGCCUCAAGAACAAAACCAAGGAGAACGUGGACGUGCCCCUGGUCAUCUGCGGCAACAAGGGUGA